GAAGCAUCCAUCAGAAAUGGCGUCGUUCGAGGAACAAUCACAUCAAUCGCCGACAAGGGGACCCUUCGACGAUGACAACAGCUACACGGACACGGACAUGGGCAUGGGCUACGAGUCUCAUCAGCAUUACGAUUACGAUGAUCAACACCCUCAACUCAACGUCGAUCCAAAUAACAACAAUUUCACCGAUAACUCACAUUCUCCUUCUGUUUAUGGCUUUGGUGUUUCCACCCCUAACCCCGACCACGUGUCCCCCUUCGAACCCGCUACCGCCGAUGACACCACCUUCACCUCCGACGGUCCAAUGCUCCCGGACCCAUCUCAAAUGCAAGAGGAAGGCCAUGCUAGACGUGAAUGGCGACGUCUAAAUGCCAUUCAUCUUGAGGAAAAAGAGAAAAGAGAGAAAGAGAUGCGGAAUCAGAUUAUAAAGGAAGCUGAAGAGUAUAAGGAAGCUUUCUAUGAGAAAAGAAAGGUCAACUGUGAGAAAAACAAAGAGAACAAUAGGGAAAGAGAAAAGAGAAAGGAGUAUAGGGAAUGA